UUCAAGGUUUCAAACUUAGCAUAAGAUUAAAAAAAAAAACAAAUCAAUGUGAAAAGCUUGUGAUAAAAGAACUAACGAUUGGAUUUAUGUAUAGGUGGUGAAGAUUGUAAGUUUGUGAUAUUUCACUAUUAGGUUAAUUUAAUUAGGAUUUUUUUUCUUUUAACUAACUCUCAAGAAAAUUGAAAUAGUAUGCGAGAGUUUUAGGAAGUGUGAGUCAGUGACUUUUUUUUUUUUAGGAAGUGUGAGUCAGUGACUUAAGUUUGUGAAUCAAUGUUAAACAAACAAACAAAAUGGUUUCGGAAUCCAAAUUAAUCGAAUGAUAUUGGAAAUCGAUCCAACGUCCAUGUGAACAAACUCAGUAGGUAAGUCAAAGAGUGCAAGCAGUCGAUCAUAAAGUAAAUUGCCUUCCUGUGGCAUUUUCUCAAAAAUGUCUAAAAACACUAGGUGAGUUGUGAUGGCAACAGCUCUCAUCAAGUAUUCAAGUGCAUCCACGCUUUGUUAUCCCUCCUACCCAUCACUUUUGUUUUUACGCAAGGACGAGAGAACAAAUUAACACGACUUUCAUGCAUCCAAUUGCAAAGCAAACAGUAGUAAUUAGAUUGUCUUGGGAUCUCCAUAUUUAGCUAAAAAAUGACACCCUGCUUUAGGAAGUGAUUUUUGAACUAUAUAUAUAUAUGCUAGAUUCUCCAAUCAAAUUUUGGCAAUAUGCGAGGAAAUGUAUAUAUAUUGAGUGGUAAAGCAACUACCAAAGGAAGAGAUGUAACUCCUGUAAUAUGCAUAUUUUUGAUGUAGUACUAGAAGUGAGGAAAAAAACAAACCAAAUUAAUUGUAAGGUAGUAUUUACACUAUCCGUAGACAUAUUAAUACACAACUAUACCAUUUUAUCAAUGUUAAACAACUACACCAUUUUAUCUACGGCUUUUUGAAAUAGCCUUUUUGUCAUUAUAACGUACGUCUUACGUGGCAAAUAAUAUCUUAUUUUACAAAUCUGAACAGUGUUGACCAAACUAAACCUAUCGACCUAAACAAGAUGCAAUGCAGCUAAAUCUUUAAAACGGUAGUACUUUUACAAUGUAUGUUUAUUUAACAAUAAAAUAAAGUGUUUUUAGGUCUCAUUUGAAUAUUCGGAAUGAAGAUUCAUUUUUGGACCACACAAUUCUUUUAUGGAUAGUUUGGAUUUUUUCAUGGGCUUGAGAUCUGAGACCAUGCGCAUCAGGAGCUCAUGAGGGGGUCGUGGGCUCGAGUUCUUAGGCCCGUUUGAUUUAAAAAAAAGGAAAAAUGGGUUUUAAUCGUUGAACCGGGCCUUACGCUUGAACCCGUAAGAGGCGGGUUCAAGCCACGCGUCGGGCGGUGAGUGGCUUCUCCUUUCCGCGUCGAAGAGGAAGAAAGGAGGGGAUACGCGUGAACCAGUUCAUUUCUCUCAUCAGUGAAAAAAGCUAGGGUUUUUUCUCUCCGAGGCGAUAAUCGACGCCGUGGCUUCUCCGUCGUUAUUUCUCCAUCAAAUCGAAUCCGCUUUCUCUUCUCCACACUCUUAGGUCAGUAUUGUGUAGAUUGACGGUGUGGUAGCGUAGAUUUUAUGUGCGAUAGGGAUUUCCGAUGGGGUGAUUUUAAAUCGAUUUGGGGAUUUUAUUUUUUAGGGUUUUUAAUCGUUAUGGGAGUUCGAUUGAGGGUUCAGUUACUCAUAUUCUUCCCUAAUUAUGUGCUAAUAAUUUGAUUUCUGUCACAGAUGGAUCCGGCAGAGGAGAGAAGACAUUCAAAGAGGCAACAGGAUCACAUAAACAUGCUAGGGUUCGUCAGCGAUUCAGAGUACGGGAUUCCCAAAAGGUGUCCAUGUGGUGGGAGAAUCAUCGAUGAGGUACGCCGGAAGGACGAGUACGACUCUCUUCCGGGGAAGCGGUUCUUCACAUGCAAGAACUACGAGGUAAGUUUGAUCUUAAACGCUUUGAUUAUCGUUUAUGGGUUUGCAAAUUGUAGAGUGUCUGAUAUUUGUUUUUGGUGUAACCAAGGCUGAUGGAUUCCACUAUCGUCAGCCUUGGGUGAUAGGUGUGCAGGAGGAGAUCGAAAGGUUGACUAAGCGGGUGGUGGAGGCUGAAGAAGUGAUGUUGGGGUCGUCGAAUCUCUGUAAACUGAUCGACAGACUGGAGGUUAGUGAUAACACAUUUUCAAUACUUGUGUGGUAUGUUUUGCGUGACUAACACUUUUUGUUUGAUGUUUACAUGUCCAGGAUCAGGUUAAAAUGCUCUCUGAGCAGGUAGAUGACCUCACCGUUCAGGUUGCUACGUUGGAGAAGGUCUGCUUCGAAUGAAACCGAAGGUCAGAGAGUGCAGGUCACGGGUUGGAGUGAAGGUGUUGGAGUUGAUCAGUCGGUAAAGUUUGAAGCCUAGUUUUUUUUUUUAAUGUUGCGGGUAGUUGGACUGUAGUCCAUCUUUGGUCACGGGAAAGUGUAGUGUUUUGUUUCUUGCUACACUUUUUUCAUUCACGGAUUGACUUAGUAUGUUUUGUGUCAGUCACAACUUGAUUCACGGAUUAUGUAUUAUCGUUUCAAACUCUCUAUAUAUGUUUGCAUUGUAUCAUUAUAUGAAAUAGCACUUCUCUCACUUAUUACUCUCUAUCAAGUUGAUUCUCUUAUAGCACUUCUCUUUGUAUUGACUGAGAUAAGAAUGUUUAGUUGUAAAUGGUAAAAAGUCGAGAUCAUUCAACUGAUUCCCAUUUAGUACCAGUUCUGAAGGAAGCCGACACAUUCAAGUGAUUCCCAUCUCGCUGCAAGCCGACACAUUCAAGUGAUUCCCACAACAAGGUAUAAUAUACAACUUAGUAAAGAUUAUGAAAAUAAAAGAUUAUGAAAAUAAAAGAUUAUAGAGUAAUAAUGAUAGAGUAAUGUAUAAAAUAGAUUAUAGAGUAAUAAUGCUAGAGUAAUGUAUUAAUUAUGACAACUUUUAUUAUUAAUAAGAAAACUUUUGUCAUGUUAGGAAAAUAAACACCAAUGUCUUCCUCAUCAAGUGAUGAAGUUGAUGAAGCUUUAGAAGAAAUUGUCGACCAAGUAGUUGAUAAUUUCUUCGACUCAGUGAUUCAUGCUCAUCCCAACAAGCCGACGAGAAGAGCUUAUAUCGAAAGACAUCGGGAACAAGGACACAAUCAACUAUGGAACGAUUAUUUCACGGAAAAUCCUACAUACCCACCGGAAAUGUUUAGGAGGCGUUUUCGAAUGAACAAGCCAUUGUUCCUUCGCAUUGUCGAACGUCUAACUAAUGAAGUUCCAUACUUUCAGCAAAGACGAAAUGCUUGCGGAAGGAACGGGCUUUCUGCACUUCAAAAGUGUACGGCAGCUAUACGUAUGCUGGCAUAUGGUCAAUCGGGAGAUACAUAUGACGAAUAUCUCCGACUUGGUGACAGUACAUCACGUUUAUGUUUAGAAAAUUUCACUAAUGCAAUAAUUGAUUUGUUUGGAGAUGAGUAUCUACGAAGCCCUACACCUGAGGAUCUUCAACGAUUACUCGAUGUCGGAGAGGUACGCGGGUUUCCAGGGAUGAUAGGCAGCAUCGAUUGUAUGCAUUGGGAGUGGAAAAACUGCCCAACAGCUUGGAAAGGUCAGUACACACGUGGUUCAGGAAAGCCGACAAUUGUCUUAGAAGCCGUGGCAUCACAGGAUCUUUGGAUAUGGCACGCUUUUUUCGGAUUACCAGGUACCCUCAACGAUAUCAAUGUUCUUGAUCGGUCACCAGUUUUUGAUGACAUCUUACAAGGUCGAGCACCUAAAGUGAAGUUCAAGGUCAACAACCACACUUAUCGUAUGGCCUACUACCUUACGGACGGAAUUUAUCCAAAAUGGGCAACAUUUAUCCAAUCCAUCCCACUUCCUCAAGGUCCUAAAGCUGAGCUAUUUGCUGAACGUCAAGAAUCCACCAGAAAAGAUGUCGAACGGGCUUUUGGAGUAUUGCAAUCGAGGUUUGCAAUUGUUAAAAACCCAGCUCUACUAUGGGACAAGGAAAAGAUAGGAAAGAUUAUGAGAACUUGUGUCAUAUUGCACAAUAUGAUAGUAGAGAACGAACGACACGGAUACGCUCAAAUUGAUACAUCUGAGUUCGAGUCAGGAGAGUCAAGCAGAAGUUCGAGGGUGCAACGGAGAGAAAGUAUUCAUGGCGGUGAUAUGUUAGGCAUUCGCAGAGAAGUCCGAGAUAAAGAGAAGCAUGAUCGUUUGAAAGCGGAUUUAAUGGAAAAUAUAUGGCAAAAGUUUGGUAAUGAAGAUUAAUAAUGUUUUUAUGUUCUUCUAUUUCUCAAUUUAUGUAAUCUACUCUUAUGUAUUGAAUAAAAAGUUUUAAAAUAUUUAUAAUAUAUUUUAAUAUUUUAUUUAUGUAUUCUCAAUAAUUUGAAAUUUUCUUUUUUUUUAUUUAUAUUAUUAUUUUAUUCCUAUGAACUCCUUCUUCGGGUUCACUAAUGCAGAAAACAACAAAUACAGGUUCAUAACUAUUUAUGGCCCCACAAAAAAAUAUUAAAAAAAUUGGGUGAACCCCAAAGGGGGGUUCACCAAU